CAUGCCGUGAAACGGGCUCAGGUAUGUUCACGAAUCCCUGCCCACGCUAAUGCAAGUACUGUUACAUUGAUCGACACUCAUCCGGAGGGAGAAAUCGCAGUGUAGGCUUUUUACGUGGCACAGGGUUGCCUCCCACGAGAUUUGACUUUUCCAAGACGGUCAUCUCACAUAUCACCGGCAUCUACAUCGUGGAUUUCGUGGGGUAUGCUAGGGUAUCGGAUGGAAACCACAAUCUUCCUUGAACACUGGAACUCUUCAAGGACGAAGACAUCAAUAUUAGGUUGCCAUCAACGAUAUGCAACCCCUUUGUCAUAGUCCUCAGGGAUCCCUCGCCCUACACGUGGGAAUGAAACAUCGAAAUCCUACUUCCUGCCUGUUUCCACCAAAACCCCCUACCCCAGUGCCUUCAUUGAAUAAACGUGACUGUUACAUUUCCAAGACGGACAAAGCGUCAGGGUCAUGUAGUCGAACAAAACUACAAGUGCAAUUCAUUCACUCAUCCUCAACGGGAUGUCUUUGUCUAUAAAAUGACCACACGCCUUCUCAAAAUUCUAUACCAUCUCAACCAUCUCUCGACAUCCUAAGCCUCACCGACCAACAAUGCGGUUUUCAACCAGACUCUUUUUCAACUUGGCUGUUGCGCUGACCUGGGCUUCGCUAGCCCACGGCGUGGCCAUCUCCCAACGCGACAAUGAGGUCGCUGCGUCGGGCUAUCGGUCUGUAGCGUACUUCGUCAACUGGGCGAUCUACGGCCGCAAUCACAAUCCUCAAGAUAUCCAGGCAGACAAACUCACACAUGUCCUCUACUCGUUCGCCAAUGUGCGCCCGGAGUCAGGCGAAGUCUACCUGACUGACACCUAUGCUGACAUUGAGAAACACUACCCUGGUGACUCAUGGUCUGACACCGGCAAGAAUGUCUAUGGAUGCAUCAAACAGUUCUAUCUGCUAAAGCAGAAAAAUCGUAAUCUCAAGCUCCUGCUGUCCGUCGGCGGAUGGACCUACUCGCCCAACUUUGCCAGAGCAGCGGGCACAGACGCUGGGCGAAAGAAGUUUGCCCAGUCGUCCGUCAAGCUUUUGUCUGAUCUGGCCUUUGAUGGGAUAGAUGUCGAUUGGGAGUAUCCGGAGAAUGACCAGGAAGCUUCUAACUACGUCCUGCUUCUGAAGGAGAUCAGAACGGCUUUGGAUGAGUACAGCAAGAAGAGUGCGGGUGGCAAGCAUUUUCUUCUCACAAUUGCGACCUCGGCCGGCCCGGAGAAGAUCAACAAACUCCACAUCAAGGACAUGGAUGCUCAACUGGACUUCUGGAACCUCAUGGCCUAUGACUAUGCGGGAAGCUUUGCCAAGUUCACUGGCCACCAGGCCAACACGUUCAAUGAUACCUCUAACCCCAACAGCACUCCAUUCAAUACCCAAGAUGCUAUUGACCUAUAUUUGAAGGGAGGUGUGCCAGCGAAUAAGAUUGUCCUCGGUAUGCCGAUUUACGGUCGGUCCUUCACCGGUACAGAGGGUCUCGGCCAGCCAUUCACGGAUGUCGGCCAGGGCAGCUGGGAGAAAGGUGUCUGGGAUUACAAAGCCUUGCCACAACCUGGGGCGCAAGUGAUUGAGAUGGAGAACAUCAUGGCCAGCUACAGCCACGACAAGGCAAAGAAAACUAUAAUCAGCUACGAUACUCCCAAGAUCACUCAGUUGAAGUCGGCGUAUAUCCAGAAGUUGGGUCUGGGUGGUGUCAUGUGGUGGGAAACCAGCUCUGACAAGACAGGCAGCGAUAGUCUAAUCACUACGGUAGCAAAUGCACUCGGAGGCACGGGAGCCUUUGAGCAGGUUGAGAAUCAAUUGGACUAUCCUGCUUCGCAGUACGAUAACAUCAAGAAUGGAAUGAAAUGAGCUAGAUACUCUCGAUAUGUGCUAAGGUGCUGUUUGAGCAAUGGAUGAACUGGUCUGAUUCGAGGAACGCUUCCGCAAUGGAAUGAUUACAUAUUGUGUUACCUAUGAUAUUGUCGAUUAUUGUUGCUAAAGUCUCUC